AUGAAGUCUAUGACAACAGCUGGGGUGGGUGUUAUUUAUACCCGCCACAGACCAGUUACGUUGCGACGCGUGGGCUGCCACCGGCUCUUCUGGGCUAACGCCACAGGUAAUUGUAACCUGAAAACAGCGGCCCACGCUCAGGAAAUUAAGUUUAGUUUGCGCGUCUGGUGUGGUGGGGGUUGGAAUGGCCCAUGGGAUAUCGGUUAUUUACGGGCGUGCCAUCGGAGUUUGGGCUCAGGUCAGCAUAACAGUGAAUGCACGUGCGCGUGUGAUGCUGCUGCAACGUGGUCUGGGAGUGCUGCCAGACUCGCCGAUUUGGGAUCUAGUGGGCAGAUUUUUGUUGACUGUGGUUUCUCGUUUCGGCACUUUUCAGGAUGCCCAAUCAUGUCUGGCCACAUCGCCAAAAUUGUAUGUUUUGAUGGUGGGCACUUUUGGAAACUGUGCGGCAUGUGGUUAAUUCCUCGUAUAUUUGUACGCGCAUAA